CUCAAGCGCGGUGUCCUGUUGCGUGAUCUCCCGCAGCUAAACUCAGGAAACUGUCUCCCAUUCGGUGACCCUCAGCUCAGAGCGCAGCAGUCAACCGCGCUGUGCUGCGUUUGUAGUCCGGUGGAGAGAGAAAAAAAAGAAGGGGGGAAAAGGAUCCACAGCAGGAAUACAACUUCUUUCAUGCGUUAUUUUAUUUGAAAGCGCAAAGCUGCUUCGGAGUCUCCAGACAUGAUGAAUAUUAUUCUCAUCUCCGUGCUGUGUGGAUUUUAUGGUGUUCUAGCAAAAGAUAAAGAUCAGAAGGGGAGGUUCAGCGUCCCUCUCCUGGAUGUCAGAUCUCGGCAGCUGGUCCUGGAUGCUAACCAGAUGCUAACACUCAACUGCAGGGGUCGCUGGCAGCUGACCUGGACGUUCCCAGCAGGCUUGGACAGAGAUCAGGUGGAAGUGAAUGAAUCUCGCUGUGGAAGGACGAGCAAGCAUUACUGCAGCCAGGUGAAAGUCAGCGGCAUCCAGGCCCAGCACACUGGCCUGUUCCGCUGCCGGUACCAGGACAAACCCCAUAAACAGACAUCCAUCUACGUUUAUGUCACAGACAGCCAGCAGCUAUUCGUGGAGGAUGCAAAAAUGAGCACAGACGUGUUGUACAUGAAGGAAAAGGAGCCACUGGUCAUCCCCUGCCGGGUCACCAGCCCCAACGUCACCACAGAACUAGUAAAGUACCACAGCCACAGCUUGAGUGCAGACCAGAGGAACAUUAUCUGGAACAGCAGGCGAGGCUUCACAAUCAGAUCUCCCACCUUCUUUUACAUCGGCCUCUUCUUCUGCCAGACCACUGGGGACGAAGUCCGACACCAGUCACGCAGCUAUUUUGUACACAGAAUAGUGAAUAAAAUCAAAGACGUGCGUCUGAACAGCAGUGAACAUACGCAGGCCUUAAAGGGACGGCGACUGGUCUUGAACUGCUCUGCCACUGCCGAGUUGAACACCAGAGUCAACUUUACAUGGGACUACCCUGGAAAGAGUACCAAUACCGGCUCAACUUUCAAAAGGCUCGUGAAACAUCAAACAGAAAUGUUGUUCUACAGUAUUCUGACCAUCCCGAAGCUCCAGCGUUCAGACCGAGGCCGCUACACGUGCCGCGUCACCAGUGGUGAUCAAAGGCAGCACAAACAAGUCAAUGUUACUGUCUAUGACCGACCAUUUAUCCGCCUGAAACCCAGAAACGGACUGGUGAUGACGGUGCAAGCAGGAGAGAAAUCUUAUAAAAUCUCUCCCAAACUGCGAGCUUUCCCGGCCCCAAAAGUCAUUUGGCUGAAGGAUGGCACGGUUGCAGCAGAGCAAUGCUCCAGAUACCACAUGAGUGGGAAUUCCCUGGUUAUCCGGGAUGUUGCAGAAGAGGAUGCUGGCAAGUACACGGUCCUCGUACGAAACCAGGAACACAGACUCUACCAGAAUCUCACGCUCACACUUGUGGUUAAUGUGAGUCCUAAAAUAGGGGAGAAAGCGGUGUUGCUGCAGGACCCGGGCUCCGUACCACGGGGGAGCAGACAAGCCCUGCGCUGCACAUCCCACGGAGUCCCUCCUCCACACAUCCAGUGGCUUUGGCAUCCCUGUCCUUCUAAAGGCCUGUGUGUGUGUCCCACGUCCUCCUCGCUAUGGAGCCCUGUGACAGAGAGUCUCCCCGCCUCGUCUACACACAACCGCAUCCUGAGUGUUACGCACAGAGAGGAAGUGCUUCAGGGGAAGAAAAGGACGGUGGGGGUCCUGACUGUAGCAGAGGCCUUUGUGUCUGGAGUGUAUCGCUGCAUCGCCUCCAACUCUGCGGGGGCAGACCAGCUAGACAUCCACUUCUACAUCACAGAUGUCCCUGGAGGCUUCUGUGUAAAGCAGAUGGAGGAGGCCAGAGAGGGUGGAGACCUCCGCCUCACCUGUUUAGCCAAUAAAUACCUGUACACAGCACUGUCAUGGCAGAGAAUGAACAACACAGAGGAAGCCCAGUCUCGCGGCUCGAAUAAUCAGCAGUUCAUGGUUGGAGAUUUCUCCAACUCGCUGGUCCUGUUAAUAAGCAACCUGACGGCCAGAGACAGUGGAGCCUACAGAUGCUCCGCCCGCCACAUCGUCACCGGGCAGGAGACACACCUGGAAACACAGGUGGAGGUGACAAUCCUGGAGCCUCCUGUCCUGGUGAGUAAUUUGACAGAUUGCACCGUCAAUGUUAGCAGCUCAGUGACCCUCAGCUGUCCAUGUCGAGGGGUCCCACCCCCAACCAUCACAUGGUACAAAGACCAGCGUGUUCUGCUGCAGGGAUCAGGUAUUGUUAUAUCAGCAGAGGAAGCGACGCUCCAUAUUGACCGGAUCACAGUGGAGGACGAGGGUCUGUAUACGUGCCAGGCCACCAAUGAGAGGGGGUCUGCGGAGAGCUCGGCCUACAUAUGGGUUAGCGGUGCUCCAGAAAGCUCAUUUCUUGAAAUCCCUACUCUCACCUGUACCUGUGUGGUGGCUGCUCUCUUUUGGUUUUUGCUCACGCUCUUCAUACGAAAAAUGAAGCAGCCCAACAGCUCAUACACCAAAACCGAGUACUUGUCAAUCGUACUGGACACAGGAGAGGGGCCGAUAGAUGAGCAGUGCGAGAGGUUGCAUUAUGACCCCAACCAAUGGGAGUUCCCCCGGGAGCGCCUGAAAUUAGGAAAGCUUCUAGGCCGUGGGGCCUUUGGUAAAGUCAUGCAGGCAUCUGCAUUUGGUAUAAACAAAGGCACCAGCUGCAAGACUGUGGCUGUAAAGAUGCUCAAAGAGGGCGCUACAGCCAACGAACACAAGGCGUUGAUGACUGAAUUGAAGAUCCUCAACCACAUUGGAAACCAUUUGAAUGUCGUGAACCUUUUGGGAGCUUGCACCAAACCAGGAGGACCGCUCAUGGUCAUUGUCGAGUACUGUCGUUUUGGAAAUCUUUCAACCUUCCUAAAGAACAAGAGAGACGUGUUUGUACAAGACCGGCUGGCUGGAGUAAAAGGUGGAGGGCAGUGUUGGGACAGCAGCGUGUCCGACGACCAGAGCAGCUUUCACACAGACUUUGAUGAGAGAGAUGAGAAGGGCAGUGACCUCUAUCCACAAACUGCUCCCAAUUCCCCUCUUUACCUGGAGGAUCUCAUUUCUUUCAGCUUUCAGGUGGCACGAGGAAUGGAGUUUCUGGCCUCUCGCAAGUGUAUUCACAGAGACCUGGCCGCGAGGAACGUUUUACUGUCAGAUAAUAAAGUGGUGAAGAUAUGUGACUUUGGCCUGGCCAGGGACAUCUACAAAGACCCCGACUACGUCCGCAAAGGAGAUGCCCGGCUCCCACUCAAGUGGAUGUCUCCCGAGUCCAUCUUUGACAAGGUGUUCACCACCCAGAGUGACGUGUGGUCCUACGGCAUACUGCUGUGGGAGAUCUUCUCUUUGGGAGCGUCCCCGUACCCUGGACUUCACAUAGAUGAAGAGUUCUGCCACAGGCUGAAAGGGGGAACAAGGAUGCGAGCGCCAGAAUACAGCACGCCUGAGAUUUACAGCACAAUGCUAGCAUGUUGGGAGGCCAACGCCGCCGACCGACCCACCUUCACUAACUUGGUGGAGACAAUGGGAGAGCUGCUACAAGCGAGAGUGCAACAGGAUGGGAAGGAUUAUAUUCCUCUGGGAUCUUUUAUGACUGGAGAAAGUGAUCGCUGUGAGGCCUUCAAAGAAAAUCCGCUCGCAGUCACAAACCUGAGUUACAUGAGGGGCAUGGCCACACUGCGGACUUUUGAACAUUUGCCUUGCGAGGACCUAACCACCCCUGAUGAUGAGCAGACCGAUAGUGGCAUGGUCCUCCCAUCUGAGGAACUGAAGAAUAUGACGAAGAGCAACUGCAGCAAGCACAGGAAACUCAGCAGGUUCUUCACCUUCACCAAGUGUCGAGACACCCAGGUGCCCUUCCUGUGCAGUGACAUCGCAGGUCUCCGUGAAAACGACCCCUCGAUCCUGCCAUGUGACUGGGAGUCUGACGAGGGAGGCUCCCCUCCUCCAGACUAUAACUCAGCCUUCCUCUACCCCUCCCUUUAGCAUCCACGCUUGUGUAUUUUUCACAACUUCAUACAGGGUUUAUACAGCUUUUUAUAAUUUCUCCAGACCUCACCUUACACUUUUUAAUUUACCCCACCUCACUUUUUAUAGUAUCUGCACGUCCAAAUGCCCCAAAUAUUUUGGAUCUUCCUCCUUCAGCCAAACUUGUUCAAGAAACCUUUGCAAAAUCGCAUGCUGUUGUACAACAAAGCUUCCUCACAAGUAUUAUCUCAGUGCUUUUCCACCACAUUACCCAUUCUACGAGCAGCUAAGUCUUACCUGACAGUACUUAUACCCGUGCAGUUAUGCAGAAUGUAUUCACUAGUAUGUAACUAUCAGAGCUUAUUGUAUUGGUACCUCAUGCCUGAAGCCUUGUGAAGAGGAGCACUGCUGUAUAAAAUAACUGCUCCUCUUGCACAGCUACUACAUGCUGGAAAAAGUUAUUAUCCACUGAAUUAUACAGCUAGACGCAAUAUAUGUACCUGUAUUUAUUUUAGUUAUGCAACCAAAAUGUUACAACCUUAAAUUUGACCAUUUGUGAGUGUAAAUUUUACUCAGUUUCCACUUUAAUAGGUACACGUAGCUGUAAAUCUUGCAGUCCAACACAACAGCCUUGGUAAAAAAAUAAUUACAUUAAUUAAAGGUAACCUGCUAUCAGUUUCCUUAUUCCUACCACAGAAAUACAGCGGCAUGGCCAAAAUAUUGAAUGAGGUCACCAUGUUAGUAAGUCUAUAUUUUCAACUGCUGCUUAAAACAUCCGUUUGCAAGGGCAACCAGUUAGAGGGAAGCUGGUAUCUAAGACUAGUUAUUUUAGAAAGAUGACAAACUGGAGUUGCACUAAGGCAUAGUCUAAAGAUAAACAAGGAUAUUUUUUUUUAACAGUGAAUAAUGCAAAGCUGUUCUAGUAGGAAGCGUCUUUAGAUCACUAAUUUUUUCACAGUCUCCACCGCAGACGAAAUAAAUAUAUUUUAUUUUAUUUAUAUAACAUCAAAUCACAACAGCAGCCACCUCAACACGCUUCAUAUUUCACGGUAAAUAUCCGACAAUGAAACUGGUGUGAGGACGAUAGGUCCUCCACACUCUCCAAGACUCAAUAUGAUUCUUUUUGUAGGCCACAGUGUUAGACUCCAAGAUUUAAGUGUAUCUAAUAAACUGACAACUCAGUAUAUGUAUUUUAAUUCAAUGUAUUCUUUAAUUCAUAAAAUCUUUCAUGCUGGGUUUGUUUCCAUUUGCAAAAACCUUUGAAUGUGCAAAGAUUAGCUUAGUUCUGAUUAGUUGAUCCUGUUUGUGUAUUCCUCUUUAUAAUACUAGUUGGUUAGUUGUGGGCAGACAGCUCUGUUGCAGACUCCGUCACAGCCCAAAUCUGUAUACAGCUGCCUUUGCCUUUUCUGGUCUUUUUUUCUAUAUCACAUCCAAAUGCAGGUUACAUUAAAGACCCCUUUUUUUUUUUUUUUUUUUUGAGGAGUGCGUCCUCCAUUGAACCCACCUCUAUUUGAGGUGCUCUUUAGAAGGGAUACCUGUAUUCUUUUGUUUCCAUUUAAGCCUAAGACGCUGCCAUUUGAAGAUAAAACUAAAAUGCCUUUAUUUUCACUGCAAGGUUAUCUAAAAACUCUGAAAUGUUUUGACACAUAUUCAUGUGGAAAUCUCACUUUGGUGGAAUACCACUGGAAAAGAUUCAGAGUGCUCAUGGACUCAGUUUUAUUCCCAGAUGAAGUCUUGUGUGCCACACUGCGAGUUUUUAACAUGGCCUUGCUGUGAAAAUAUCAGCAUCUUAAUUUUAUCUUAAAACAGGAGUGCCUUGGACUUUUUUCAUUUUAUUUAUUUGUACAGUUUCAGCCUUUAUUUUGAUAAGCUGAUAUAGGAAAGCAGGGAAUGACACACAAGAAAUGGUCCAGGACAAGCUUAAACUCAGGUCUCAGCAGCCUUUUGGCACGAGCCACCCAAGCAGAUAAGCUACAGCAGUGCCUUAAACCAGUAAUAAGUUAGGUUAAAGCCCAUCAUGCAGUUUCAAAGAAAACCAAAGAGGAAUGUGUUUAUAAUACAGGAAAAUCCAUGUUUUUACCAUGUAUGACUGUGAUAUUUUACCUAUAUAUUAAAAAAUGAUGGUCUCUGUAACUGCCCAGAAAAAAAGAAAAAAAAAAAAAAAAGACUCGACAUCAGUAUCAGUUUUGGUAUUCUUUAUUAAAAUACUGCUGUACACACAAAUAUUGCAAAAAUUUGAGACAAGAACACAAGAGGGGCUUAAAACAUACUAAGAUGGUGAUUGUAGGUGUGUUGAUGUUGGGGAAGAGGAGAAGGUCAUCACUAAUAUUAACCGGAGUGUGUGUGUUAUCAUGUGGAAUACAGUGAUAUGAGCACUGACGUUACACAGGCCGAGUCAGAAGGGGCAUGUGUGUGUUUUUCAAAAUGUGUGCAAGUUUGUUUCAAAGGGUUUUCUAAAGCACCACAUUCACCAGAUAAGUUUUGUCGGUUCAUUUUUUUCUCGUUUACUAAAACAGAGGAAGUAGUACAUGAUCUAACACAGCCAGCACCCUGAAGGUUUGUCGUUGCCCCCAAGAACAGACCGCAUUGAAAAGCUCACGUAAAAGUCGACUGCAUCCGGGACAGUUUACUUGAUUUUGACCUCUAUCAUCAUGAUUCAACUGUGUGUGUGUGAGAGUCUUUGUCACUUUAAAGCCUCGUGUUUGUAACAUUCAAAUGAUUCUAUGAAAAAUCUGAAUUGGAGGAGUCAGGAAUUUUAGCUUGGCAGAACUUGUUGUUUUCUGGGUAAUUGAAGGUAAAUGAACAAUGUCUGAGUGGUAAAUGAACCAAAAGUAGAUCUGUGCUUCAGGGCAACAUGAAAUCCCCCCCACAAUGUCUUAAACUUACAUUAACUUCCUAAAACCGCCAUCUGAAGACGUCCCGCCCGCUCCACUGUAACUCAUCUAUAUGACUGGACAAGGGGCAGCCAAUGACAGCCAGACACAUUCAAUCAUUGGGCCCAUCCAGCUGUUCGUCAUCCUGAGAGAAAGCCAAGUCAUCCAAGUGAGUGCAGCAGCCAGCGCUGCUGCUGUGUCUCCAGCAAGUUUGUAUUUCAUGAUCUUAAAAAAUAAACA